ACUCUAUUUUAAGAAACUUUCAACAAGAAAGAAACAAGUCAUGGAGAAGAAUGGGAACAACCGGAAGCUCCGGGUCUGUGUUGCCACUUGUAAUCGUGCUGAUUACUCGAAACUUGCUCCCAUCAUGUUUGGCAUCAAAACAGAGCCUGAGUUCUUUGAACUUGAUGUGGUGGUCCUUGGCUCACACCUGAUAGAUGACUAUGGAAACACAUAUCGAAUGAUUGAACAAGAUGACUUUGACAUUAACACGAGGCUACACACAAUCGUUAGGGGGGAAGAUGAAGCAGCCAUGGUGGAAUCAGUAGGCUUGGCCCUAGUGAAGCUCCCAGAUGUCCUUAAUCGCCUAAAGCCUGAUAUCAUGAUUGUUCAUGGAGACAGGUUUGAUGCUUUGGCUCUGGCUACGUCUGCUGCCUUGAUGAACAUCAGGAUCCUUCACAUUGAAGGAGGGGAAGUCAGUGGGACUAUUGAUGACUCCAUCAGACAUGCCAUAACAAAACUGGCUCAUUAUCAUGUGUGUUGCACCCGAAGCGCAGAACAACACCUGAUAUCCAUGUGUGAGGACCAUGAUCGAAUUCUUUUGGCUGGCUGCCCGUCCUAUGACAAGCUCCUCUCAGCCAAGAACAAAGACUAUAUGAGCAUCAUUCGGAUGUGGCUAGGUGAUGAUGUAAAAUGUAAAGAUUAUAUUGUUGCACUGCAGCACCCUGUGACCACUGACAUUAAGCAUUCCAUUAAAAUGUUUGAAUUGACACUGGAUGCACUUAUCUCGUUUAACAAGCGGACCCUAGUUCUGUUUCCAAACAUUGAUGCAGGGAGCAAAGAGAUGGUUCGAGUAAUGCGAAAGAAGGGCAUCGAGCAUCAUCCCAACUUUCGUGCCGUAAAACAUGUGCCCUUUGACCAGUUUAUACAGCUGGUUGCCCAUGCUGGUUGUAUGAUUGGGAAUAGCAGCUGUGGAGUACGAGAGGUUGGAGCUUUUGGAACACCUGUGAUCAACCUAGGAACACGGCAGAUCGGAAGAGAAACAGGGGAGAAUGUCCUUCAUGUCCGGGAUGCUGACACCCAAGACAAGAUACUGCAAGCGCUGCACCUCCAGUUUGGUAAACAGUACCCUUGCUCAAAGAUCUACGGGGAUGGCAACGCGGUUCCGAGGAUUCUGAAGUUUCUCAAAUCUAUUGAUCUUCAAGAGCCACUACAAAAGAAAUUUUGCUUUCCUCCUGUGAAGGAAAAUAUCUCUCAAGAUAUUGACCACAUUCUUGAAACUCUGAGUGCCUUGGCUGUUGAUCUUGGUGGGACAAACCUCCGAGUUGGAAUAGUCAGCAUGAAGGGUGAAAUAGUUAAGAAGUAUACUCAAUUCAAUCCUAAAACUUAUGAAGAAAGGAUUAACUUAAUCCUACAGAUGUGCGUGGAAGCUGCAGCAGAAGCUGUGAAACUGAACUGCAGAAUUUUGGGAGUAGGCAUUUCCACAGGUGGCCGUGUAAAUCCUCAGGAAGGAGUUGUGCUACAUUCAACCAAACUGAUACAAGAAUGGAACUCUGUGGACCUCAGGACGCCCCUGUCUGACACUCUGCAUCUCCCCGUGUGGGUAGACAAUGAUGGUAAUUGUGCAGCCAUGGCGGAAAGGAAAUUUGGUCAAGGCAAAGGACUGGAAAACUUUGUUACACUUAUAACAGGCACAGGGAUUGGCGGUGGGAUCAUCCACCAGCACGAACUGAUCCAUGGCAGCUCCUUCUGUGCCGCAGAGCUCGGCCACCUUGUUGUGUCUCUGGACGGGCCUGACUGUUCUUGCGGAAGCCAUGGGUGUAUCGAGGCCUAUGCGUCCGGCAUGGCCUUGCAGAGGGAAGCAAAGAAGCUGCAUGAUGAGGACCUGCUCUUGGUGGAAGGGAUGUCAGUGCCUAAAGACGAAGCCGUGGGUGCACUCCAUCUCAUUCAGGCUGCGAAACUUGGCAAUGCAAAGGCCCAGAGCAUUCUAAGGACAGCUGGAACUGCUUUGGGACUUGGAGUUGUGAACAUCCUCCACACUAUGAAUCCUUCCCUCGUGAUCCUCUCUGGAGUCCUGGCCAGUCACUACAUCCCCAUUGUCAAAGAUGUCAUCCGCCAGCAAGCCCUGCCCUCUGUGCAGGAUGUGGACGUGGUGGUGUCAGAUCUGGUUGACCCCGCUCUACUCGGUGCUGCCAGCAUGGUUCUGGACUACACAACUCGCAGGAUCCAUUAGGCCUCCCACGAGUAGACAUGGACUAAGACCCAAGAGCUCCUCAGAGGAAUCAAGUUCUCUUUUAGAUGA